ACGUCAUAUCAUGUUGCACUUGAAGACCUAAAGCUUUUGUUUCCUCAUGGUUUAUGCUGUACACCAUGCUUCAAUCUUUUGAGUGAAGGAAUUCAUUGUCCUGCGGUUGGGGUAACUUUGACUGCAACUGGCUGCAAGCUAAACAUGAGCAGUGGAUGUGAUAAGCAGCAUUUUGUUGGCGAUUUCAGUGGAGAAUUAAAGCAGUGUGGAGCUGAUAUUGAUUACUGCAAUGUCAGGAACAUUGAACAGUCUGCAAUUUGGAUAGUGAAUCGUCCUCAAUCAUUUAUACAGACAAUGUGUGUUGUAAUUCCUCCCCAACUGAUGCUGGAGAGAAAUAGUGGCAAUACUUUGCAGCCAGUGUAUGUCGAUAUGAUUCGAGGAUUUCUUGCUUGUGGAUUCUGUCCAGUUGCAAUGAAAAUGAUAUGGUUUAGUGAGAAGGAAGCAAAAGAGUUGUCAGAAAUGAUGCAAGUUGACAUGAAGAUUGAAGUGUUAACAAGUGGACCAUCUAUUGCAUUGGCUCUUGAAAGGGACAAUGCUGUAGUGUUGUUUGAUGGACACAUUAAUAGUUGUCGUUUCUUGAAGGAUCUCUAUGCUAAGUAUCAAGAUAUUAUGAUUAUUCCACGUUCUGAUCAAAAGGUUCAGCACAUAUACUGUAUUUUACUUGUAUCGUGAGUUAAUUCUAUCGUGAGUUGAUGUUGUUCUUUCUCACUGUCUGUUUGGUUAUGUCUGUGAGAGUAGACUUGUUUCCGUCGAUGGGGAGUUUGUGUGAUCUGGCGUGGGGAUCGUUGGCAAUGAGAAUCAGUGCUUUCCCGGUAGUCAUUGAUGUUUACUGGGCAUGCUGUUUAGAGCUGGCGAAAUCCUCGUAGUGCACACAAUCAAUGAUCAAUAAGCCUGUUACUAGUGCCAUAUGGAUUACACAGAAACAUGUACCUCUCUGGGACUUAACUGCCGGGUUGGUGGGUGCCCAGUUUAGGGUAAAGACCCCACUUACCCUACCUAGAGGGUGAUGACGACAUAAUGAAACAUGUAAUGUAAUAAUAAUGAAAAAUGUAAUGUAUUUCAAUAUAUUAUACUAUGUACAUAUAACUACUAUAUCAACAACUAGAUGCUAUCGUCCAACCAAACUAACAGGUCAGUUAUUGCUACAACUCUUCUAGUCGAGACAAACCUCAUCUGGGGCCAGAGGAAUAUUGAUGUCUGGCAGAAAUGACUUUGUUUUGAUCGACAUCCUCACAGGCACAUGAUUGAUGACCAGAUCAAUGAAAAAGCUAGUCUGCAUCAUAUCCAACAUAACGUCGUGCUGCAUGUAGACUCCUUUUAUUCUGCAAGCACUGAAGCCAGUUGUUUACAUAAAUGUCGAUAUGAUUUUGCUGGUUCUGCCAGUACAGGAAACAAUGAUGGGAGUGAAGGAUCCGUGUGCAACUUGAAGAAGUUGUUGUUCAUAUUGUCUGUUUAAAUUAUGUCUGUGAAACAGUGAGUCGAUCAAAAAUGUAAUAAU